AUCUAGCCUGAGUCUCGAGUCUGGAGUCGCGCCGAUCGCAGUCGGAUUUUAGAUCGCGGAAAAUUCACAUUAUCAUAGUCAUGGCCAAGACAUCUGCCAGCCUGGGAAAGAGCAUCUUGCUCGGUUUUCUAGUAUUCCUUGUUCUCGGAACUCUCACUGCGGCGGCACCCUACCAGGAGUUGGAGCCCCGCAAAGGUCAUGUGCCCGUCUAUAUACGGCAUGGCGAUGAGCCGCUGAGUGAAAUUCAUCCAGGACUGGCCGAGGCCUUCAGGGAGGGUCAAUCAAAGAGCCUCGUCACCGAAGUUCCCCAGGCAGAAACCACAAAUCCACCGACCACAUCUGAUGCUCCUGCUCCAUCCAGCUCCACCAUUUCCGACAUAGCCAGCUUUGAUGCCAUUAAAGCGUUGAUGGAAUAGUCUUAAUAAGUUAAUUCAAGAACACCGCUACCAGUCCAGACCAUCAACUAAAAGUCUCUAAGGUCUGGUUGUAUUUACAACAGGGAAAUGCUAAUUUUUAGAUAAAAAAUAAAUAUUGUAAUGAAAAUAA